UGUCAAAACAUCAUUAACUGCGGUAUGAAAAUAUGGCGGUGUGUCACUCAGAGUGUUGAGUAUGAGGAAUGGAUCAGCUGUGUUAAAUAGAAUAUUUUCUCGUAGAUUCCCUGUAUCCAUAUCAAUACGGCAAAUGUGGCUGCAAAACAGGAUCCAGAGUUCACUGAAUGCUCUAUCCUCCUUGAGCAGAUCUCGGAAGAUAAUCCUGCUUGUUCUGGUGUUAUUGCUGCUGGUCUACUAUCUGGUACCAACACUCUUCAACUUAACCUCACCCAAGAUCCAUCUAGCUCUGGAGGACUGUUUAGAAGAGAAAAUCCACAAAUCCUUUUUCAAGUCCUCUGAGUCCUUGGAUGUAGUGAUCAACCACAGGCCCCUGCUGCCGGGGGAGACGGCAUAUCCCAUCUAUGUUGGCAAUGGUAAGGUAGCGGCAGCAUUUGACUCACAGAAUGGACUCUUUAUCCGUUUGAACAGAGCUCUGUCUCUGCCGGUCAAGUUCUACCCAGUUGUUCAAACUCAGGUUGAUGGAGAACCAUCGAGAGAGGCAUUCGCUGUGGAUAUGAAGGCAGGGGUGGCCUACCGGAUGCAGACAGUGAAGAGGGGUUGGAACUGUGUCAGCAUUGGCUCCAAACUAUACGCUCAUCGAUCACAUCCAUCUGUCCUUGUGCAGGACAUCCGUAUACAGAACCCAACUCAAUCUGCCGUGACUGUUGAGCUGGAUCAGAUUGGGCCCUCAGGAUGGACGGACUCCAAGACACAGCAGUUUCUGGGCAAGACAUCUACAGGUGAAAAUGUCUCAUACAAAGUGACAACUGGCAUUGUGCAGAUCCCUGAAUCCACAUCAGUAGUGGCAGCCGCUAUAGGCAUGGUCUACCUGGACUCCGGCACAGUCACAGUGCAGCCAGACAGAACGAAGCUGUAUCACAUCCUGACCGUGGUACAUUACACCAAACCUGCAGACAAGCAUGAGGUGCCACAUUUAGUCCCUGACCUCCUCUCCCAAGUCAAGAUAGAUAUGGAAAAAGGAUUAAAUAUUGAUGGGAAGCUUUUGCUUCAGGAGCACACCAGAGUGUGGGCAUCCUUGUGGCAGAGUGGUUUCGGCAUCAGCUACUCCAAGGCAGGUGGGGCUCUGAAUGGUGACAAGAUUAACUCUACAAUAUACUUUGUCCUGAGUAAUGUGCCUGCUCCUCUACACGACCCGUCUACCACUAAAGCCCAGCGCAUCAACAUACAGAAGGUUCUGUACUACCCCGAUAGAUGCUAUGGAGAACACUCAACACUGCAAGCAGACAAACUGUGGAUUGAUGUCGAAGAUGAAGACCAGAUAGCGCGUGUGGUGACAACGUGGAUGAUCACCCUGGAAAAGCAGGGUUGUGCGGUCAUGGUGCAGUCAGGAGCUGAAGGGGUCCUCCAGGCCAUGAUGCUUAGCUUUGGAGCACUUCGUUUCCACAACUCUCAUCUGGAGAUGGCUAUACACCCUAAAGAUUUACAUAGAGAUUUCUUCUUUCGUCGCAUCAACUACGGCAACAACACCCAUGUCAACAUCAGUGUCACCGUUGGGGAGGACAAUAAGGCCAACCUGUAUGUGGCCCUGGACAGGAAUGACAAGCCCUACUAUGCCUGUGAUGCUGGUUGUCUGGAUGCCCCGGUGCCACUGGGCAAAGAGUGGCAACGCUUCCCUGUGAAGUUAACCGACCCGUUGACAUCCAUCCUGUACAUCACAGCGGACAAGAUUCACGUGGAGGAACUGAAGCAUGCUAUACAUGUCAAGGCCAUAGAGGAAGCACCUGCUCACGAGCACCAUGUGAUUGCCUUACAUCGGCACGGCCAUCACUUCGGUGGACUGCCCACUCUCUUCUGGGUUUCCAUUGCCUUCCUCAUCAUCAUCUUCCACCUGUUCCUGUUCAAGCUCAUCUACAAUGAAUACUGCCAGGGACAAGAUAGAUACGCUCGCUCAAAGUACAACUUAUAGCACCUGCUCCCCGGCGGCGGGCUCCACACAUCAUCAUGUAUAUAUCAUGUUAAUAUAUGACACAUUAUGCAAACACCAGCUGCUACAAUACUGUCCAUGUAAAACAUGUGCUACAAUCACUGCUCGUGUGCUCAGUGUCUCAUUGGUUGGGUGCAUCUUGCAGUUUGUCAACGUCAGUGUAUUGCGUACUUGUCAUUAGACAGAUUACAUUGUAAUUGGGCAGUAAAAGGAUAAAACCCAUGUUAACAUAACUUCAGUAUGUGCAAGGAAGUGCAAGCUCAGACAUGUAGGAAAUUAUACUUCUAUGAUUAUUACUACCAGACAAAAUGAUUUCAACUUAAAAAAUGCCAGUUAGGAAUGUCUUGAAAACCUGUUUGUCAGGCAGCAAUAAACUAUGAUUGUGAAAUGAAUGGAUGUAUGAGCUGCAGUCUGAUUGGUUGAACUCUAUUGUUGGGUGUAUGAGCUGCAGUCUGAUUGGUUGAACUCUAUUGUUGGAUGUAUGAGCUGCAGUCUGAUUGGUUGAACUCUAUUGUUGAAUGUAUGAGCUGCAGUCUGAUUGGUUGAACUCUAUUGUUGGAUGUAUGAGCUGCAGUCUGAUUGGUUGAACUCUAUUGUUGAAUGUAUGAGCUGCAGUCUGAUUGGUUGAACUCUAUUGUUACAUCGAACUCUAAGCCCAGAUAUCUUCUGGUCUUUGGCAUUUCACGUGGUUACAUCAAGAUUGUUUUUAUUAUGUAUUCUAUUUGAUAAUAAUUGACUGAAAAAAAUGCCUUUAGUAACAGUUGAUUUUCUGAGCGAUCUGUUCAUGGGGCUGUUCAGUUGUCUCUGAUGUUAUGCAUUGUUUUACGGUGUCAUUGCAUUCCACGGUGACAUCAUGCCUCAUUCACAAGUACAGAUGAAGAAAGAGAGUGUGUGGAAAACCUUGUUUUACCAUGUUGACAUAUCUGUCCUACGUAUUGAAUAUGUGGUGGCCGGAGGCCCUGUCUGACUGUCGGCAUUGCUGUACUGUCUGUACUUCAGUGAUACGGAGGCUUGCCUGUAGCAUGUCAUGUGACCACACCAGAGGCCCUGUCUGACUGUCUGCAUUGCUGUACUAUCUGUACUUCAGUGAUACGAAGGCUUGCCUGUAGCAUGUCACGUGACCACACCAGAGGCCCUGUCUGACUGUCUGCAUUGCUGUACUGUCUGUACUUCAGUGAUACGGAGGCUUGCCUGUAGCAUGUCAUGUGACCACAGCAGAGGCCCUGUCUGACUGUCUGCAUUGCUGUACUGUCUGUACUUCAGUGAUACGGAGGCUUGCCUGUAGCAUGUCAUGUGACCACAGCAGAGGCCCUGUCUGACUGUCUGCAUUGCUGUACUGUCUGUACUUCAGUGAUCCGGAGGCUUGCCUGUAGCAUGUCAUGUGACCACAGCAGAGGCCCUGUCUGACUGUCUGCAUUGCUGUAUUGUCUGUAAUUCAGUGAUACGGAGGCUUGCCUGUAGCAUGUCAUGUGACCACACCAAAGGCCCUGUCUGACUGUUGCCAUUGCUGUACUGUCUGUACUUCAGUGAUACUAAGGCUUGCCUGCAGCAUGUCAUGUGACCACACCAGAGGCCCUGUCUGACUGUCUGCAUUGCUGUAUUGUCUGUAAUUCAGUGAUACAGAGGCUUGCCUGUAGCAUGUCAUGUGACCACACCAAAGGCCCUGUCUGACUGUCUGCAUUGCUGUACUGUCUGUACUUCAGUGAUCCAGAGGCUUGCCUGUAGCAUGUCAUGUGACCACACCAGAGGCCCUGUCUGACUGUCUGCAUUGCUGUAUUGUCUGUACUUCAGUGAUCCGGAGGCUUGCCUGUAGCAUGUCAUGUGACCACACCAAAGGCCCUGUCUGACUGUCUGCAUUGCUGUACUGUCUGUACUUCAGUGAUCCAGAGGCUUGCCUGUAGCAUGUCAUGUGACCACACCAGAGGCCCUGUCUGACUGUCUGCAUUGCUGUACUGUCUGUACUUCAGUGAUCCGGAGGCUUGCCUGUAGCAUGUCAUGUGACCACACCAAAGGCCCUGUCUGACUGUCUGCAUUGCUGUACUGUCUGUACUUCAGUGAUACGGAGGCUUGCCUGUAGCAUGUCAUGUGACCACACCAAAGGCCCUGUCUGACUGUCUGCAUUGCUGUAUUGUCUGUAAUUCAGUGAUAUGGAGGCUUGCCUGUAGCAUGUCAUGUGACCACACCAGAGGCCCUGUCUGACUGUCUGCAUUGCUGUACUGUCUGUACUUCAGUGAUACUAAGGCUUGCCUGCAGCAUGUCAUGUGACCACACCAGAGGCCCUGUCUGACUGUCUGCAUUGCUGUACUGUCUGUAAUUCAGUGAUACGGAGGCUUGCCUGUAGCAUGUCAUGGACCACACCAGAGGCCCUGUCUGACUGUCUGCAUUGCUGUACUGUCUGUACUUCAGUGAUACUAAGGCUUGCCUGUAGCAUGUCAUGGACCACACCAAAGGCCCUGUCUGACUGUCUGCAUUGCUGUACUGUCUGUGCUUCAGUGAUACGGAGGCUUGCCUGUAGCAUGUCAUGGACCACACCAAAGGCCCUGUCUGACUGUCUGCAUUGCUGUACUGUCUGUACUUCAGUGAUACAGAGGCUUGCCUGUAGCAUGUCAUGUGACCACACCAGAGGCCCUGUCUGACUGUCUGCAUUGCUGUACUGUCUGUACUUCAGUGAUACUAAGGCUUGCCUGUAGCAUGUCAUGUGACCACACCAGAGGCCCUGUCUGACUGUCGGCAUUGCUGUACUGUCUGUGCUUCAGUGAUACGGAGGCUUGCCUGUAGCAUGUCAUGGACCACACCAAAGGCCCUGUCUGACUGUCUGCAUUGCUGUACUGUCUGUACUUCAGUGAUACAGAGGCUUGCCUGUAGCAUGUCAUGUGACCACAGCAGAGGCCCUGUCUGACUGUCUGCAUUGCUGUACUGUCUGUACUUCAGUGAUACGAAGGCUUGCCUGUAGCAUGCCAUGUGACCACAGCAGAGGCCCUGUCUGACUGUCUGCAUUGCUGUACUGUCUGUACUUCAGUGAUACGGAGGCUUGCCUGUAGCAUGUCAUGUGACCACACCAAAGGCCCUGUCUGACUGUCAGCAUUGCUGUACUGUCUGUACUUCAGUGAUACGGAGGCUUGCCUGUAGCAUGUCAUGUGACCACAGCAGAGGCCCUGUCUGACUGUCUGCAUUGCUGUACUGUCUGUGCUUCAGUGAUACGGAGGCUUGCCUGUAGCAUGUCAUGUGACCACAGCAGAGGCCCUGUCUGACUGUCUGCAUUGCUGUACUGUCUGUGCUUCAGUGAUACGGAGGCUUGCCUGUAGCAUGUCAUGUGACCACAGCAGAGGCCCUGUCUGACUGUCUGCAUUGCUGUACUGUCUGUACUUCAGUGAUACGGAGGCUUGCCUGUAGCAUGUCAUGUGACCACACCAAAGGCCCUGUCUGACUGUUGGCAUUGCUGUACUGUCUGUACUUCAGUGAUACGGAGGCUUGCCUGUAGCAUGUCAUGUGACCACACCAGAGGCCCUGUCUGACUGUCUGCAUUGCUGUACUAUCUGUACUUCAGUGAUACGAAGGCUUGCCUGUAGCAUGUCACGUGACCACACCAGAGGCCCUGUCUGACUGUCUGCAUUGCUGUACUGUCUGUACUUCAGUGAUACGGAGGCUUGCCUGUAGCAUGUCAUGUGACCACAGCAGAGGCCCUGUCUGACUGUCUGCAUUGCUGUACUGUCUGUACUUCAGUGAUCCAGAGGCUUGCCUGUAGCAUGUCAUGUGACCACAGCAGUGGCCCUGUCUGACUGUCUGCAUUGCUGUACUGUCUGUACUUCAGUGAUACGGAGGCUUGCCUGUAGCAUGUCAUGUGACCACACCAGAGGCCCUGUCUGACUGUCUGCAUUGCUGUACUGUCUGUACUUCAGGGAUACGGAGGCUUGCCUGUAGCAUGUCAUGUGACCACACCAAAGGCCCUGUCUGACUGUCUGCAUUGCUGUACUGUCUGUACUUCAGUGAUACGGAGGCUUGCCUGUAGCAUGUCAUGGACCACACCAGAGGCCCUGUCUGACUGUCUGCAUUGCUGUACUGUCUGUACUUCAGUGAUACGGAGGCUUGCCUGUAGUAUGUCAUGUGACCACACCAGAGGCCCUGUCUGACUGUCUGCAUUGCUGUACUGUCUGUACUUCAGUGAUACGGAGGCUUGCCUGUAGCAUGUCAUGUGACCACACCAGAGGCCCUGUCUGACUGUCUGCAUUGCUGUACUGUCUGUACUUCAGUGAUAUGGAGGCUUGCCUGUAGCAUGUCAUGUGACCACACCAGAGGCCCUGUCUGACUGUCUGCAUUGCUGUAUUGUCUGUAAUUCAGUGAUACGAAGGCUUGCCUGUAGCAUGUCAUGGACCACACCAGAGGCCCUGUCUGACUGUCUGCAUUGCUGUACUGUCUGUGCUUCAGUGAUACGGAGGCUUGCCUGUAGCAUGUCAUGUGACCACAGCAGAGGCCCUGUCUGACUGUCGGCAUUGCUGUACUGUCUGUACUUCAGUGAUACGGAGGCUUGCCUGUAGCAUGUCAUGUGACCACACCAGAGGCCCUGUCUGACUGUCUGCAUUGCUGUACUGUCUGUACUUCAGUGAUACGGAGGCUUGCCUGUAGCAUGUCAUGUGACCACAGCAGAGGCCCUGUCUGACUGUUGGCAUUGCUGUACUGUCUGUACUUCAGUGAUACGGAGGCUGCCUGUAGCAUGUCAUGUGACCACACCAGAGGCCCUGUCUGACUGUCUGCAUUGCUGUACUGUCUGUACUUCAGUGAUACGGAGGCUUGCCUGUAGCAUGUCAUGUGACCACAGCAGAUCUCAAAAGAGUUCACAAUAUUAAGCAUAUAUUCAUGGUCAUGGUAGAAUGAAGAUUAACACACUAUGUUUAGAGGUAUGUUUUGAUAAUAGUUAAAAGCUCACACCUUCAGCUUCAAAAGCAUCAUAAUAUUCAAAACACAGUGUGUUAGUCUUUUAAGCAAGAGAUGUGUACAGUGCACUUGUCAUGAGACGACUGUAAACAAGAUGCGCACAGCUACAUUCCAGGUGGUGUUGACUGUUUGUGAUGUCUUGCAUGGACUGUAUUUACAAGGCCAGGACCUACUGUGAUCAUUGUGGUUGUGUUUAUGCGGGGUAGAUUGUAUGCAUAGGGAGAAGAUACUGAUUCACCACUAUCUUGUGGCAACGUUAUCUAUAUGUCAGAUGGCAUUUAUAGAGGCGACUUUUACACC